GAUGUCUACAGACAGUUGGCUGAAGUGACUUUGACUUCAGUUUUGGUGUUCAACAGGAAGAGAUCUGGUGAGGUGUCCAAAAUGAAGUUGUCCGACUUUGAUAAGUGUAAGAAAGGUGAAGAAGGCAUCAUGAUGGAAGGCUUGUCAGGGUGGGAGAAGGAGUUGUGCAAAAUUGUCUGGCGCAUGGAGAUCGUCGGGAAGAGAGGAAGGACUGUACCAGUGCUCCUGACAGAGGACUUGAAACAAAGUAUGGACCUUCUCAAGUGCAAAAGAGAACAGGCUGGUGUAAUGAAUGGAAAUAAAUUCAUGUUUCCAGUCCAGAGUUCCCUAGGCCAUAUCAGAGGUUCUGAUGUUCUUCGUAAACAUGCAGGAUUAUGUGGAGCUAGCAAGCCUGAGUACCUUAGGUCAACUCGUUUACGUAAGCACAUCGGCACUGUUGCACAAGUAAUGAACUUGAGGGAUCAUGAGCAGGACAUACUGGCUAAUUUCAUGGGUCAUGAUAUCAGGGUUCAUAGGGAGUUUUAUCGCCUCCCGGAGCAAACACUACAGGUCGCAAAGGUUUCGAAGGUGCUACUUCAGAUGGAAAAGGGAAACCUGUCGAGCCUGGCUGGAAGCAGUCUUGAUGAGAUCCGUGUAGAGGAAGAAGAAGAAGCUCCAAUGGAUGAACCACUACAUGAGGAUGUCGAUCAUGAGGAUGAGGUGCAUGUGGGGUCAAAGAAGAAGGGCAGCAGUGGCCAGAAGAAGAAUUCACACCACCAGGGAGAAGAACCAACCGGAGGUGAUGAAGAUGUCGAUCAUGACGAUGAGAGGCACGUGGGCUCAAAGAAGAAGGGCAGCAGUGGCCAGAAGAAGAAUUCACACCACCAGGGAGAAGAACCAACCGGAGGUGAUGAAGAUGUCGAUCAUGACGAUGAGAGGCACGUGGGCUCAAAGAAGAAGGGCAGCAGUGGCCAGAAGAAGAAUUCACACCACCAGGGAGAAGAACCAACCGGAGGUGGGAAGGCCUCAAAGAAAGCUAGUAGUAUGAGCAGUAAACACAACGCACACAACGAGGAGGGGAAAAGGAGAACCAGGAAGAUAACCAAAACACCAUGGAGCAAUGACGAGAAGAUGGCUGUAGUCAAGAAUUUUGGCCAUUGUUUUCAAACAUGCAAGUUGCCUGGUAAACAGGAAAUCGUGUCUGUCUUGUCAUCUGAACGUGUCUUGCAAGAAAGAACAUGGACUAACAUCAAGGAUUUCGUGAGAAAUCGACUAGGGAAAAAGGAUCCUUUAGAUUUUAUCUAAAAUUUAUCCAGCUCCAGUGUGGGAUCAAUGUUUCCCUUGUCUUCAUCAUGCACUAUAGUGUGGUCUUUGUUAUUUAUUGUUCAGACCCCAGGUAGAGGGGAUUCUAGUUAACUCUUGUUUUUCAGACAUGAGGAUGGAAAAGUUAAUUUACACAAGGCAAAUAAUGUGAAAAUUCUCCGCAAAUAAUCCAAAUUGCUUCUUUCACCUCAAUCACUACCCCAAACUGCCUCCUCAAAGGACAUAAUAAUUUCAGUCACCUUCAGCUGUGAAUUUCACUAAGCUUUAGGUUUUAAGAAUCCAGAUUAAGAAGUGCAGUUGCCUUUUAGUUUUUCAAUCUUCAGGUUGGAGAUUUGAAUUAUGCUUACAUUAUGCGUCUUAAACCCCAAGUUGGGGAUUUCACUUACCUAUACCUUUUUUAGACCCCAGGUUGGGGAUUUAAGUUACUUUCAUUUUUUUCACUCAAGUUUGGAGAUUUUAAAUUUUUGUUCUCAGGCUCAGGUUGGGGAUUGCAGUAAUCUUUUUCAGGUCCCAGCCUACCUUUAUUUUUUGAUACCCUGGGUUGGGGAUUUCGGUUUGCUUCAGUUCUUUAGGCCCAAGUUGGAAAUUUCGGUUGCGAUAGCUUUUCAGGCCCAGAAUUGGGAAUCGAGGUUUCCUUUUGUUUUUGUCUGAAUUUUUUUCUGGCCUCAAGCUGAGGAUUGGGAUUGCCUUCAGUUUGUUCACGCCUUAGGGUGGGGAUUUUUGCUUCGAAUUGGGAACUGUUUGAAAGAGAUUCGGACAAUCCCAGUUUCACUUUUUUUAAACCUUCAUUGUUGCCUUACCUCAGUUAUUGGACA